AUGAAGCUGGCCGAAGGAGGCUACAACAAGGUCUUCCGUUUUAUCAUGAAUGAUGGCAAGACAGUGCUUGCCCGGAUACCAAACCCCAACGCCGGCCCAGCGUUCUAUACAACUGCAUCCGAAGUCGCUACCAUGGAGCUUGCCCGAGAUUUCCUUCAAAUCCCCGUGCCUCGAGUCCUUGAUUGGAGUGCCACGUCAAACAACGCCGUUGGCUCGGAAUACAUUAUUAUGGAAGAAGCAUCUGGCAUACAGCUUGGAGUCAUCUGGGAUCAGCUGAAUCCGGACAAAAAGCUCUCCAUUAUGCGGCAGAUACUGACGCUCGAGUCAAAGAUGCUUGGGGUGUCGUUUUCUCACUUUGGUAGUAUAUACUUCGCGAGCGAUCCAGUGGAAAGUGCAGUUCCGGCACUGCUCACCAACGGCGCUUCCUCCGAACUGAAAGAGAGAGUCUGCAAGAAGUUCAGUAUUGGGCCCACCGUCGAGCGAAGCUUUUGGAAGAAGGAACGCUCGUCAAUGCAGAUCUCGCGGGGACGAACGCCCCAAGAAUAUGCGCUAAGUGUUGGCCGGCGUGAACUGGAGUGGAUCAAACGUUUUGCCAUCUCGAAACUACCAAGCGAAGCUACUCUCAUUUCUUCAGCCCCCCAAAAUAGUCCACAAGCACAUCUGCAGCUGCUGGAGAAGUAUCUCCAAGUGGCGCCUGCUAUGAUGAACAUUGACUCCGUCCUCACUCGCCCCACGUUGUGGCACGGAGACCUCCUUUCAUCGAAUCUGUUUGUUGACGAUGGCCAGAUUACGGCCGUCAUCGACUGGCAGGGCUUGUGGGCAGGGCCGCUCUUCCUUCAAUCCCAACCCCCACCGAUCGCGGACUACGCAGGCAGCAUUCUCCUUCAACGACCCGGCAAUUUCGACGAUCUGGGCCCGGAGCAGCAAGCGGAGAUCAAGCACAAAAUCUUCAAAUCGACGCUAUAUCAGCUCUACCUGCUGAAGACCAAAGAGCGGAACCCUUUGAUGACCUCGUCUCUUCCCAAUCUGAUCUUUCAUCUCAGACACUGGCCCGAACUGGGUAUCCAGGGCGAAUGCCCCUAUCACUUCACGCAAGAUGAACCACAUAGCCACGCCGCCGAUGCCGAGGGCUGGAACGAGGUGCAGGAGUUCUUUGACGGUAUCGAAGGUCUUGUGAAACGGGAUGGCUGGACAUCCCCCGAUACGUUCGACGCCGCCUUCAGCUUCUUUUCCGAACUGCGAGAACGGGGCCUCAAGAGAGCGCUCGACAGACAGACUCGUUGGGCGAGAAAGCAGAAUGGGUGA